AUGAGUGGCAAUUCCCUUGCAGGAGUCCGUUCAAUGCAGUGGGAAGUGGCAGUUUUGGGUUGCCUGCCUUGGUAUAAAAGGACUGCUGCGUUUUUGUUUCACAACUGCCGCUUCGCCUUCCGUGGGACAGCCCGGCUUGAGACCCAUGAAGAGAUUAACCAGAGGCUGAAAUGUUUCCUUCCUGACUCGGAUCGGGCAGCUCUCAAGAACGCCGUCCCCUUCCAACCCUCCGAAGACCUGCAGAUUCCCCCCGUGCUGGACUGGCGAGCCAAAGGGGCCGUGACUGAGGUCAAAGAUCAGGGCGACUGUGGCUCCUGCUGGGCCUUCAGUGCCACCGGCGCUCUGGAAGGCAUGCAUUUCAAGAAGACAGAGAAGUUGGUCUCGCUGAGCGAACAAAAUCUUAUCGACUGCUGUAAGAACCAGGGGACUAAAGGUUGUGAGGGUGGAUUUAUGUCAGAUGCUUUUACAUAUGUGCAGAAGCAAGGAGGGAUCAAUUCAGAGGAAAGCUACCCAUAUGAUGGACAGGAUGAUUAUAGUUGUCGUUAUGAAGCUGAGAAUUCUGUUACUAAGUGUUCCACCAUAGGAGUCAUCCUGCCAGGAGACGAAAAGGGACUUCUGCAGGCGGUGGCCACAAUUGGCCCAAUUUCUGUCGGAGUGGAUGCCCGGAGUUCGGCAUUUCACUGUCGGUAA